UUAAAAUGAGAACCUGACAAAACAUUACUUUUAAUUAAUCGAAUAAAGUAUUUUAUUUAAAAAAAUAUCUGUUGAAGCUUGAUGCUCAUUUUUUAUUUAUUUACAUAGUGAUGAAUAUUCACUUAGUUACGGCGUGGUAGAGCAAACUGCGUGUUUCAGUAUCUGCUUUAAUCGCAGAAUAUCUACAAAAGAUUCUUGUUGAGCAAGCCCACCACAGUUUAGAUUCUACACCAUCAUAAUUAUAAGUGAAAAUGGAGGAAAUAAAUGGGGAUAUUUAUGGUGAUGGGUUAGUUAGCCUUGGGGAAGACGGUUCCUUAGAAUCUCCUGACAAUGGCAAGCAGGAACAAAACUGUAAAAUAUGCGAUAACAAGCUUUGCAGCCCCCGAGUUUUGUCUUGCCUCCAUGUCUUCUGUGAAGCUUGUAUAGACAAGUUGAUGGUGAAUGAAGCAGGUGAUUCCCUGAAGUUUGAUCUGGCUGUGGAAUGCCCCCUGUGCAAGCAGGAAACUAAGAUGCCUGGCGGAGGAGCUGCAUCACUACCUUCUGAUUAUGUUCUCACCAACAUCUUGGAUGUCUCUUCUAUGGAUCAAUCCGUGGUAUGCACUUGCUGCAAAAGUAAAGAACCGGCUGUGGCAAGAUGCACUGAUUGUUCGCAUUUUCUAUGCUCUAAUUGCAACUCUGCACAUGAGUUCAUGAGGUGCUUUGAAAACCAUCGAGUUGUCCCUUUUGAUGCUCUCAGGUCUUCUAAGGAGAAAUCAGCUGUUCACAAGCCAAUAUUUUGCAUUCGCCAUGUCGGUGAAAGUCUUAAAUUCUAUUGUUGUGAAUGUGAAGUAGGCGCUUGCACCGAAUGCCUCACGGUUGAUCAUAAAGUGGGCGAACACCGUUGCGAGAGGAUUGUGGAUGCCGAACCAAAUCUUCGCGCUGAAUUACGAAACUUUAUCAUGCAAGCGAAUGCCAGGGCCGAAGCAGCCGGCAGCGCCUCCUCUAAGCUCGACGAUGCACUCGGAGACUUGCAGCGGCAACGAGACGAGGCUGAAGGCGUCAUCAACGAAGCCUACCGCGCUUACAAAGCCGCCCUCGAGCGGCGCCGUGAAAAGGCCCUCGAGGAACUCGAACGCUUACAUAAGGAACGGGAGUUGAAAGUGAUGGAUUUAUUCGAUCGCGUCGACAAGACAGUCCAGAGAAUCGAAUGCGCUUGCAAGUUCGCAACGCGCCUGCUUAGGCGCGGCGACGGUACCGAGAUUGUAAUGCUGAAGAAAACCGUCGCCUCGCAGUUUGCGCGUUUGUUGGAGGGAUCGCCAGAAUUUGAUAUUGAUUACUCAUUGGAAUUCGUAACAAAGUUGGAAAAAUUUGAUGCUAUAACCGAAGAAACCUUUGGCACCUUCCGCACUGAGACUACGCGCGCCGAGGAGAGGAAACGUGCUUGCGAGGUUUCGUCGAUUAUGCCCGUUCCAUCGAACACGCACUCGCCUGCCGUCUCUUUAACCAAUGCGCCAGUGUUCGAUGACUUUCCCCUGGGAAAUGUUAGAAGAGUGACCGGUGUUUCCGGGCACGGAGGCUUAGUGGGCGUUCCCGGAGUGGGAGGAGUGCCAGCAUUAGGCGUACCUUUGCCCGGAGUGACCAACACGGGCGUGAUGCCGGGCGUCGUGAAUGUGAACAGCGUCACCGGAGUGGGCGCGGUCCCCGGCGUCGGCGGAGUGUCUGCCCUGCCAUCCAUGGUGGAAUACAAUUUGCAACAAUUGGCAAGCAUCGCCGAGAAAGAUGUCCAACAGACGCCGCACGCCUCGCCGGCACCACCGUUCACUUUAGCCGAGUUACUAGCCGGUGACCUUAAUUCACCCCAAGCAUAUAACAACCUGCAAGCCCUCGCUAAACUUGGACUUAACACUGAGGUGAAUGGAUUUGGAAGCGUCGGAGGUGUGGGCAGUAUCGGGCCGGUGGGUCCCCGCGGCGUGUCCCCGGGGCGGCCGCUGCUGACGGCGGCGGAGGAGGCGGCGCUGGUCGCUCCCCCGGCGCCGCUCGUCCGCGCUACUAAAGCGACACCUAUGCAUAUACGGUUCAAGUUCGGACAACUGGGCGGCGGCAAGGGGCAAUUUAACUCGCCGCACGGAUUCUGCCUCGGAAAUGACGAAGACAUCAUUGUUGCCGAUACCAACAACCAUCGUAUCACAGUGUUCGACAAAUCUGGCAAUCACAAGUUCAACUUCGGCGUGGCCGGCAAGGAGGAGGGCCAGCUGUGGUACCCGCGCAAGGUGGCCGUGGUGCGCGCCACCGGCAAGUUUGUGGUGUGCGACCGCGGCAAUGAGAGGUCUCGCAUGCAAAUAUUCACCAAAAAUGGUCAUUUCCUUAAGAAAAUUGCUGUGCGUUUCAUCGAUAUCGUGGCGGGGCUGGCGGUGACCGCGGAGGGUCUGAUCGUGGCCGUGGACAGCGUCACCCCCACGGUGUUCAUUCUGUCGGAGGAGGGCGACCUCAUGAGCUGGUUCGACUGCAGCGAGUGCAUGCGGGAACCCUCCGAUAUCGCUAUUAGUGGCAAGGAAUUUUACGUAUGUGAUUUCAAGGGGCAUUGCGUUGUUGUGUUCGACGACGAGGGCAGGUUCCUGCGUCGUAUCGGAUGUGAGAAUGUGACCAAUUUCCCCAACGGCAUUGACGUGUCGGAUGCCGGUGACGUUCUCAUCGGCGACUCGCACGGCAACAAGUUCCAUGUCGCGGUCUUCUCACGAGACGGCGUUCUCGUCACUGAAUUUGAAUGCCCUUAUGUUAAGGUUUCUCGUUGUUGCGGGUUGAAGAUAACUUCUGAAGGUUAUAUCGUCACUCUGGCUAAGAAUAAUCACCACGUUCUAGUCCUGAACACCCUAUAUAUAGUCUGAGGCAUAUAGCUCGGCGUCAGUAAGUCUGCAUACGACAAGAUCUCACAUUUAUUCCCUUUAUUUUUAUAUUUAAUUGCUGAUUUUACAAAGCUUAACUUUUUGCUAAACCAGUAUUUGACUACUUAUUUUUGUUAUUUUGUGUUAAAUUCGCAUUAGUCUGAUAAUGCAUCAUUGUUCACAAAUGCAGUGAGUUACAGUGAUCCCAAUUUUUCCUAUAACUUAAUUAUUAUAUGGAUUAAGUUGUUGAUGUGUAGAAUUUUAAGAUUAAAUUGGUAUCACUGCUCUAGGAUCGAUGUAAUUAUAUCCAAAGCACUGAAUACUUUCGUACUGUUUUGGUUUGUUUAUAUUCAUGUCUCAGUUUAUAUUGCGGUUGCAUUUAGUUAUAGUAACAGAAAAUCCAAAGGUUAGGCUAAUAAUAUAUUCAUUUUACUUUAUACUUUAUGUUCCAGUCAAAAUAUAAGUUUUACAUAUUCGGUCUCGGAUCUAUAUAUAAUACCGUUUUAUCUGCCAUAGCUGUUAAAUUUGUAUUUUAUCGUCGCAAUAAGCCAAAUGAUAGUUUUCAAUAUCUUGCAUAGUUAACAUUUAAAAAAUAUUAAGAACUUCAGUGGCCGGUUGCAGUUUUUUUGUCAUUCUACCAAACUGCUGUCGUAUAACUCGAAAUUUAACUGUUGACUGACUGGAGUUAGUUUUUCUUUCUAAAUUUAGCAGCUGGUAUGGUUCCUAGUUCGAGUGAAGUUAAAUAAUACAUGUCAAUUAGAGGUCCGCGUAGGAGUGUCGCCUUAAAUAUGUUGCGUUGCUCCGAAACUACUCUGAUGUUUGUAACACAAUCACACGUAUGAUCACUUCUAUAAUGAAACUGUACGCAAACAUGGCGUAUUUUACAAAUAUAUAGAACCACUUGUAUCUCAUUUGCUUAUCGUUUAUUGACUUUAUUUGGUAACCGUGGAUUUCCGCUGCCGAAACCCGGGUACAAAAUUAUAUUGGUUUCUCUAUUUUUUCUAAAAGAAUGAAUGGGAUGGCAAUAAGUCUUUGUACAGGUCGUGUAUCGGCUGUGAAAACCUACCGUAUAAAAAAAAACAUGUCGGCGGAGACUCAUUGUGUGAUUGUGUUUACAUUUCUAACGCACAAUUGAGUUUAUUGUUAACAAAAUUUUUAGUCGUUAUUAUGACCAAAGGAGGCGACACUGUAAUAACGUGCCAUCUAGUUUAGGUUAAUUGCGUAUACAAUAUUAUAUAUUGUCCGUUAAAUAUAUUUACCAUUUACAGAAUUCUUGUGUCUAUACAAAAUGUUUUCCAUGUACUCUUGUUUUGAGAGCCUAUAUUUGGAAGGUUUGUCCUGGUUAGGCUAUUUGAUGAAGAUAUUUUAGGAUUUGGUUGUUAUUAAUGAAAUUAAACUGGCGAAGGUUACGACUCAAUAACAUUGCAAUAAUUUUGUACAACGUAAUUUGUGUAGUUUAAAAUUUUUUAUCUAAAAUUAGUUUAUAUGGCAUUUUCUUGUACAUUCAGCCGUAUACAAAUAUACAUACAAUAUAAACGGCGGACGAAUUUUAAAAUGU